AUGUGCGAAACGGUGAUGCUGAGCGAACAAGUCCUUCACCCAGCAGAAGCGUUCCUCGUCGUCGCUGAGGUCCAGUCCCGGAUAGCAGAUGAAGUCAACUUCAGUAGCAGACCUUCGGAAGCAAGCGGGAUCAGACGUUGCAUCGACAAGAGGUGCACAACCACAACAAGACCACCUACGAGCUGUGAACCUGCAGCACCACUAAGAGGUCACAGCGGGCAGCGACCCUUCACCUGUAACAUCUGCAAAAAGUCCUUCACCCAGCGGAGGAACAUGAAGCGCCACAAGAUGACACACACUGGCGAGAAGACGUUUCGCUGCCAGCGAUGGGGCAGGACCUUCUCCCAGCUGGUCAACCUCAAUCACAAGCUUGGAUACUUCAACGAGAAGGCCUCUGCAUCAAUGGAUAGUGGUUAG